UCUCCCUUUACAACAUGGAGUUGUUUACGGAGUUUAUGAUGCCAUUUAAGUUUGAGAUCUCCUUCAGCUCAUUCUGUUUCUUAGAUAUUCCUCAUUCAACAUUCGUAAGAUUUUAAUAGAGCCAUUACAUGUUUAUGCAAUCUUUUUAAUUUAUCUCGCAAGAUACUUUGACCUACAGAGCUUCAUGCGAUCGCCAUAUCGAGUUAUCAAAAAAGGCCAAAGAAUGUUUUUUUCAAAAUCGCGCCCACCUUAAGCGUGAGGUGAGGUGGCAGGUGUUCUGGAAGAAAGCUAUGUGCCUUGGUGUAUUUCGACCUCGUUUUCUAAGACUGUUUGGAAAUCAAGGUGUUGCAUAUAAAUUACACGCUGCGAAAGACAUUCUACAUACCAAUUAUGCGAUCGCCGUGAUAAUGGCGAAGCAAGGUCUAGGCGAAAUUAAGGGCACGCAUUUGCAACAGUUACCACAGCCUGCUGCUCACACAGUGACAGAAUAUGGUGAUAGUUCUGCGUCGGAUGUGAAACCAAAAGUAGGUCUUCCUGGGUUUUUAUUGAAACAGAUGGGCGGUUCACCCAAACCUAAAUUCGAUGACUUCGUUUCUGGGACUGGGAGAAUAGGGGUUACAUGUACUGACCUAAAAAAUCCUGCAGAAGAGACCUGUUUAAAGAGUUCAAAAAAGCAAGCACCCGAAGAAGCAUCAAAUACACAUGAGUACAGUGUUUGUGGUCUUUUAAUGGGAUAUGAGCCAAAAGUUGGGUUAACAGGUGUUGUACUGACUGAUGACAAAAGGGACUAUGCUCAACAAGACAUGGCUGUGGGUAGGUUUAAUAAUGAGCAUGAUGGAGACGACCAAAAACUAGUAUUGGCAACAGAAUUGGACUCUGGCCAUGAGAGUGUACAAGUCACACAGGAUGGACAAAAUGCCCAGUCUAUAAUGAUGAAUGCAUGCAAAACCCAGCAGUCACAAGAAGUAAUGCAAUCACAAUCAAAACAGACAGUGUUGCCUGCAAGUCUUCUUGCUCAGGUUACCAGUGUCAUUAAGCUAGUAUUUCAGUCUACACCACUGAGUUCAGAAGCUGCUGUUGGUUGUGAUUCCUUUUCAAAAAGUUCUGAGAAUGUAACUUUAGAUGUCCCAGCUCCAGUAACUGGAUUAUCUGAUGUGCAAUUUAAUGCUUUGCACAGCAAAAAGACAGAAACCUAUUUGACUUCAGAUUCCACUUCACUGAGCCAGUGUGCCUGUCACCAGAAUCUUUCUGGAGUAUCUUGUGUGCAUGGGGAUCAGCUAAAAGUUGCAGAUGACUCACUUCAUGUCGUUAAAAGACUUAAAGCUGAUGCUGAUCACGGUGACUCAGAUGCUAAUAACGUACUGUCGUUGAUGUCAAGUAACAAUAAAACUGGACCAUCAAAAAUGUCUGAAGAAAUUUAUAAACAUGUUGGUGCUGCACAAGGCACUGCAAAUCCAGCAGAUAUUACUUGUCACAGAAAAAGGAACACAGGCAGCAAAUUAGUGAAUGAUAGUGGGAUACAAGAGAGCAAAAAGAAAAAGCAUUAUGAGGAAAAAAGAGUAACCAGCUACCAAACAGUCAGUGAAGUUCUCCAGACCCUUCGUGCUGUAUCUUGUGGCAAAGAUGAUGAUGGGACAGCACUGGUAAGCAGCACAAAUACAGAUGAUGCUAAAGCUAAACAGACCAUUUCAAAGAAUCUUGACGCCACCAUAACUGCAAUGCCUCUUGAAGUACACCACCAAGAUGUAGGAACCAGCAACAGGAAGAACAUUAAUCAGACUAAGAAGAAGAAUUACAGUAAGAAGAAAAAUAAGAAACAGCAGUGUAAGAUUAGUAGCUCAUCUGGAACAGAGGUGGUGUCAGAUAAUGACGGAAAGGUGACAUGGGAUGAAUUGCCACAAUACAUCCCAGAAUCUGAUAGCCGAAUGGCCAAGAAAAAAAAGGAAAGCAAGAACAAGGUGUACGAUUUAUCAGCUCUUUUCUCAGGAACUUUAGGGCAGACUAGUAAAAAGCCAAGCCCCAACUAUUUCCUGGCUAUUCAGAUCACAAAUCCAGAGAUCAAAGAUGGUCUUAGCAAGGUGUUGGAGUCUGUAAAGGAAGCAGACAAGAAACUGAAGCCAGCCUUCAUUGAUAUGUCAAGACUCCACAUCACAUUGAUGGUCUUGAACUUGCCUGAUGAAGAUUCUAUUGACAGAACUAAGACAGGACUGGAUGAAUUUAAGCAAAAGUUGAAUGAAAAGGCAGAAAAGAAAGAAGUGGAGCCUCUCACAUUUGAUGUAACUGGACUGGGCAACUUUCGGCACCAAGUAGUGUUUGCAAAAGUGGCAGAAGGACCUUCACUGGAAAGGCUUUUUGAAAUAGCAGGACUGGUGCAUUCCUCAUUGGUUGACAAAGACAUUGCAAUUCUGAGCGAGUUUAAUCCGCAUAUCACCAUCAUGAAGAUGUCAAAAGGAAUAAAAGAGCUGAGGCGUGAAGGCAUCAAGAAAAUUGAACAAGAACUGUACAAAGACUUCAGUGAGAAACACUUUGGACCUCAGAUUGCCAUGACAGUUCAGUUGUGUUCUAUGAGCAAGCCAAAGGUAAAUGACUACUACCAUAUCGAAUAUGAAGUGUCUCUGUGAAACUGCUAUGUACCUUAGUAUCAGCUGUUCUGUACUUAGAUGUAUCUAUGUAAAGACUGUGUGGUUCUCCAUCUCACUUAAAGCUAAAUCUCUAUGUGUGUGGAUAAGAGAAUGCAAAUCUAGAUUUUUAGCACAAGUGCCUCACUAUGGCUCAACAUUUACAAAAUAAAAGGCAUGCAUACUGUUAAUAGAAGUUGAUGUCUGUGGCUAGGUAAAGAUGUUCCGAUUUUCCAACUGUUGGCAGCUUUUUGAAUAUUUUCCAUAACUGGUUGCUAUCAAACCCCCUUUUUUUUUAACACAUUUCCUGUUGAGAGUUAAUGCCAUGCAUGGCUUCAAAGAUAAUAAAUUAUUUAAAAAGGCA